ACACUGGCACAAACAGCCAAGCCACUGAUCAGUCUGGGAGCCAGCGGCGGAGAGACCAGCCCCCGCAGGGCCAGGAGCCACCCCGGGUCGCGCCGCAGCUGCCCUCGCUCCGGCUCCACGGAGUGGAGUGCUGUUUCUUCCUCCUGGGGUUUUUCCACUGCCCUAUCAAGUAACCAGGCCACUCCUGUCCCUCUGGGAACCUCCCGUCACCAGGAACGCUCAGCUUUUUCGGCUCUCCUGGACACGCGUACGAAGGUCCCUGCUGAGCAGAAACCCGGAGGCCUCUGCUUCUGCCAGCGAAGGCUGCCUCCCUGAUUCUCGCUGUUCACUGCUCCAGCGGGACCAGAGGGCCCCCAGCUGCCCUUGAACCGGGCUUCUGAGGUUCCAGGCUUGUCUGCUGGCUCUCUGGGGCCCCAUGGAGAUCUGGCGGAAAGGCUCCUUCCGCAGCGCCUCCUUCUUCAAGCGGCUGAGCCUGCGGCGGCCGCGGAGGCUCCGGCGACAGGGCAGCGUGCUCAGCCAGGCCAGCACGGCUGGAGGGGACCACGAGGAGUACAGCAACCGGGAGGUCGUCCGGGAGCUGCGAGGGAGGCCAGAUGGCCGGCGCCUGCCACUGUGGGGGGACGAGCAGCCCCGGGCCACCCUGCUGGCCCCGCCCAAACCCCCGCGCCUCUACCGAGAAAGCUCCAGCUGCCCCAACAUCCUGGAGUCCCCGUCCACCUACACUGCAACCUACUCUGCCACCCUGCCCUCCGCGCUCUCCCUGGCGGACGCCCUCUACCAAUACUCCGACGAGGACCUUUCAGACACGCCCCCCUUCCAGAGGACACCUGCUCCAGACCUCAGUGAUCCCUUCUUCUCCUUCAAAGUUGACCUAGGGAUUUCGCUUCUUGAGGAAGUUCUACAGAUGCUGAGGGAGCAAUUUCCCAGUGAGCCCAGCUUCUGAAUGGGGGGAGGGUGGGCAGAGGUGGGUGAAAGAGCCAGAAGCCUGGGGACCCAGAGAAGGAGGGGACAGUCGUGGAUUAAGGUAGGGAUAGGAAUCCAGGUCGCUGCCUUCCCUCUGGGUCCUGAACAGUUCUCUGAGUCACCCCAGAGUCGAGGGACAGGUACAGAGGCAAGCUGGAAAUGUGAGGGGGGGCACCUGCUGGCAGGAGCCCUGAAGGCAGCUAGCUAGGCUGGGAAAGGGAGGCCACACCUGCAACCACAGGGACCAGGCAGAGGCCAGCAGAGAGGGAGGGAGGCAUAAGGGGUGAGUCCAGGAGCAGAGGACGUGCAGACUGGGCACGACAGAUGGGUGCCCUGCGCCAGCUCCCUCUGAAGCCACUGUCAACAGAACGAGGUUACAGGACAGGUCAGGGCAAAAGUGGUCCAAUCCAGGCUGGAGAGGAAAGUGGGAGACCUAAGGGGAGAGGGAUGAAACAGGCGUGACCUUGUACAGUAUGGUAGCCACUAGCUGCACGUGGCUGUUUAAUUGAAAUUAAAUACAAUUAAAAAUUCAGCCUUCAGUCACACUAGCCACGUUUCAGGUGCUCAACAGCCACAUAUGACUAACGGCUACCACACUGGACAGCGCAGAGUGAAUGUUAACAUCAUUGGAGAAAGUUCUACUGGGCAGCACAGGCCUAGACCAUGGCCUGGGGCCUGGUGGGGGGAAGGGGGAAGCAUAUGGGGCCUGCGAGGGAAGGGAGGGGCUGACAGAGUAGGAAGAGUGAGGCAGGUAGAGAUACACAGUGUAACUCUGGAAAAACGCCAAACAAAUCACUAGCGGAAAAGGGGGCAUGAGAGACUCAAAGUGCCAGUACAGCUGCCCGGAGCACGAGCACUCCCUGGUGCCCAAGGAAGGAGGCUCUAGGGAAUGCCAGGCACAGACAGCUUGCGAAAGGGGGCUGUGGGGAAUUCCCAGAAUUAUUAGUGACGGGAGCCCUUCGGAAAUGCAACAAAAAACAGUGGCAGGUUUCCCUCCUUCCUGCGCCCAUGGGAAUAUGGGAGGGAGGACUGGAUCAGGGACAGACACGAAGGUCAGAGCUGUCACAAUGAAGAGGCAAGCUGGUCUCCAGAAUCCUCACCAGGACUGAGGAACUUUGCUUUGCUCAAAACCUCUGACAACGGGGCUACGACCCCACCCUGAGGCCUGGCCAGAAGACUUGGAGCAGAGCCCAGUUGGCUGCAUGAGCUUCUGACACCCCAGGCCUUUCCAGGUGUGGCAGAGGGGGAAGGGAAGCCUGGACACACAGCACCUCCACAACCCAAACCUGUGGCCUCCCCCUUCCCUCCUCUUGUGUGGCUGUGCUGAACUGAAAGCCCCCGUGGGAUGGUGAUAAAGAGAGCUCUUUGUAACACAGCCUGUGGAGUGCCGUCUGGGGCUCUGAAAUGCUGGGCCUUAACCGUGGGGAAACAGUCUCUAAAGAAGGAUCCCAAGUCAAGCUCAGACCAGGUCCUUUGCCUCCUCUGUCCAGGGUCUGGGACACACUCCAGAGAGCUCCCCAUCCUCACGGCCAGGUGAGGGGCGUGGUGGCGGGGUGCCUGAGGCAAUGGGAGUGGAGCCGCGAGGACUAAGAGCCGGUGUUGGGCGUGUGUCAGCUCAAGUGCAUGCUUUACCACAAGUCGGGCACCAGGCAGCACCUCAGUGUCGGCAGGGUAGUCAGUGUUAUUUCUAAAGAGGAGAUAUUGCCUCUUGAUAUUAGGUCCCCAUCUGGGACAGCCAUGGACACACCUGGAAGGAAGCUGGGGAAGGAAGCAGCCACCCUCAUCACCGGCCCCUUCCCUGAAGCACCAGGUCAUCUCAGCGCCAAAUGCUUCACACUGCAACCAAGCGACCCGCAGGCCAGGACAAUGUCUUUGGGUGAUGAUGAGAGACCCCAAAGGGGACCAGAACAUGGAAAAUAAGGUCUAAGAGGUCUGCAUAGGGUGGGCCCCGCUGGCACUCAGAGAGGAAAGGGGAUCAGCAAGGAAUCACAGUCCUCCUGCUUGGAUUGGUGGUCCUGCCAAUCUCUCCAUAUUCCUGAUGACUGGGAUUUGCGAGGAAAGGGCCCUGAGAAGAGCCCAAACAGGAAGAGGCGCCCCGAAGCCUGAGCAGGCCCAGCUGCGUGAGGC